CAGUACUCAGAACACGGAAUUGUGAGUCAACGUGCACCGGGAUCGGGUAUAGCAGCAUCCAUCCCGCAUGCAGAUAGUCUAGACUCCAGCAGCUGAGUUUUAUGUACUUUGUGAGACAGCUGAGCUGAGAGAUUGGUCGUUACUCGUUAGGGAGAGUGUGCUGUGCGUACAUUGGGAAGGAUUGCAGUACAUAACACUGAUUUCGGCAAUCACGAAGAGUACGAAUCUGUUAUCAACUGGAGCAUAAAGUUGUACGGAUGGCAGUGGUUGGUAGGAACGUGACAGCAUGGAGCAAUGAUUUACCACAACCUCGGUCAGUAUCCAAUAUCGCGUCGUGUAUUGCGUGGGUGAAAUAAGAGUGCAAUCCUUUCGGUCGGUUGUCUGUCGAAUCAACGGGAGGUUAUUUGCAUGAAAAUUGGAUCCCUCAGAUAGACGAUAACGAUGGGAUUAGCGCGGCAACACAAUACAGUCUGGAUACGGUUCAUGAACGAGCGAAUGAAGUUACAUCAUGUGGAUAAUGAGUGUUAGCUGGCGAAAAACGAGGAUGAGUCAUGGACUGUGAAAUGGGUGUUUGUCUAUGGCCAUACAAGUGUCGUUUAACGAGAUGUGUUCUUAUUCUAAAUAUUCAUUGACCGUGAAUAAUUCGCUGGAUAUACAGAGGAAAGUUUUGAAUGGCAGUUGCGGUUUGGUGACAGUGGUUUGGAGUAAGAAACGAAAAACGGGAAUGUGCAUAUUGUAAACAAAAUUGGAUUUAAACCAGUAGCAGGAAUAUGAUCAAGCGGUACUAACGGAGAAUAACUUUUUUAUCGCAACGCAAACAAAACCGAACCUUAAAAUGCCGAUGAGCGAUUAUGUGAUAAUAAAGACUAAGUCGUAUAUCAUCAGAAUGAACCGGGAGGAGAACCUUUGCUGGUUCCAUGGGAAGAUUUCACGUGAACGAGCAGAGGAAAUACUCAGACAAGAAGGCGGCGAUGGCGUGUUUAUGGUGCGAGAAAGUACCUCAUCCGAGGGGGACUUUGUCCUGUCGGUACUAUUCCACGACGAAGUCGUUCACUACCAAAUCCGUCGGCACGGUGAUGAUGCCUUUUUCUCAAUAGACGACCACAUGCCUAUCCAUGGCUUGGACUCGCUAAUCGAGCACUAUCGGGAAUCUUCCAAUGGGCUGGUCACACGACUACAAACUAUAUGCCAAAGUGGACCACCACCACACGAUGUCAGGAGCCACGGGAAGGAAAACUUGCUCCAUAGAGCAACGGAGAACAGCAACUUUACAGUGGUGUCCGAAUUGAUGAAAACGAAAUACAAGAACAUUGACUCCAAAAACGAGCACGGGCAAACGGCAGUGCAUUUGGCUUGCUUGUAUGCCGAAGCGAAUAUUCUGGAGAAGCUGAUCGAAGGGGGAGCCAACAUCAAUAAUAGGGACACCCAAGGGAAUACCCCGUUGCAUUACGCCAGUCGUAAGCAAACCGGUUUGGAAAUGGUGCGCCUUCUGGUGAAUGCUGGUACCAACGUGCAGGCACGUAAUAAAGAAACUGGGUGGGUGCCACUACACGAAGCGGCAGCAAACGGCAAUCUGGAUAUUGUGCAGGAACUCCUUGCAAUACCAGUUCCUCACAUGCCCCGCACCAGUUACGGUGAACUACCCGUAGAUUUGGCCAAGGAGAAAGGUCACAAUGCGGUGGUGGAAUACUUGACAAACUAUAUACCUCCGCCAGCCAACACUCACAAAGGACAGUGGUACCAUGGCACCCUGGAAAGACAACUAGCAGUGGAAAGCUUACGAGAGCAUUCGUCGAAAAUAAUGCCUUCGUCAAGCAAGGAGAACAAGGAAAAUGAUCCUCGGACUGAUGAGAACGACCAACAUGACGCUUCCGGCGUUUACCUUGUAAGAUAUUCUACCAAACAUGGCGUCGAUGUCCUGACACUGUUGUUUGAAAAUGAGGCAAAACAUUUCAUCAUCCAAAGGAAACAGAAUUACCUCUUUAUAGAUGAUGGUCCUUACAUGACUUCUCUAGAACAUCUAAUAGAGCACUACACCAGGUUCUCAGAUGGACUUCAAACUAAUCUUAAAUAUCCGGUGCCUCCGAAACCAAAACCACCUAUACCACUGUUUUCCACCAUACCAAGAACGAAACACGUGAUUACCACGAGCCCGGGAGCAACCUCACCAACCGCACCGGUAUCCAACACUGUGGAACGUAAUGGAACUACUUCAUUCUUCCGUAAAUCCAGUGACAACACUCUGCACAAGCCACCUCACCCGGCAGCUCCAGUGCGGAACCUUUCGGUGCCAAACGACACCAUUCUCCAGCAAAUGAACAAGGUGGGCCUAUUCGAUCGAAGCCCCGAGAGAUCUUCCACACCCAAGUCUUCGCCGAAUAUUGACGAAAACAAAUCAAAGUCCAAUAGUUCAACUGCUAAAAAGAAGAAGAACAUAAUAAUCGAUGGCAUGAAAAGUCUGAGAAAGAGUAAGGUGAAACAGAAACUGCCCGUCGAGACGGAUGUCCAGCUCAACCGAGAUAGUCUAAUCGAGCAAAUAAGCUCGGACAAAGUUCUACAACAGUUGUCCUUUUCGUCGGAUUUCUCCUUAUCACCGACACCGCUAGAUCAAUCUGAUGCGCUCUAUCAAUCCCCGCCCAAUAAUUGUGCCAUCGUGGACAUCGACUUUGGUGAACCACUUGCCGUUCCGUCCAGCCGUACCGUCGACGGUAUCAAUAACAAUAACGCACCGCCACUCGUUGGUAGUCCUUCCAUGCAAAGCACACUCGGUCGCCGCCAAUCCUCUGAAGCAACAUCAAAUGAAACGAAUCCUGCGGAGGAUUAUUUUGUCGAAAGUGAUAAGAACAUUUACGGCGAAAGCCACCUGGACAAUAGUCACGAGGAAAUUUAUUUCAUCGAUGCACCCCCUACAACGUCUGCUCCUAAUCCGCCACAGGCUAAUUCGGUGAACAACAACAGUUUACCGGCGAUACCACCAACGACUACCAACUACAUCAUCACUCGCAACAUUCCGGUAUUUUUGAACAGCAUUUCGACGGUGGAGUCUCCGACCAGUCCACCGCCAGCUCUUUUGCAUGCCUUCCGUCCUGGUGGUCCAUUCGAACGGUUGGAUUCCAAUCUAUCCACCGUCAGUCGUGAUAGCGUUCAAAGUGGCGAUUCCGAAUUCCUCUCUAUCAUCCAGCAACAACAGGAUGAGGACGAUCGAAUGCACAUGCGACUGUACCGCAGUCCGUCCAAUCGACCCAACUAUUUCAUACCUAAAGAGAGUAUCGUCACGCAGGAGGUACUGGGCCGCGGUGAGUUUGGAUACGUUUACCAGGGUUUUCUGAAAACGUGUCAACUGGAAACAGAUGCAGAUCAAGCGGCAGCCGCAGGCCAAGGACUGUCGGAUGGCACACCGAUCGCCGUCAAACAACUGGUGGAAAGUCACGGUAAGCGGAACCGGGUAGAUUUCUUGCGAGAAGCUAGCGUUAUGAUCCGACUGAGGCACCACUGCAUUGUGAAACUGAUCGGUAUCUGCAAAGGGCCCCCGCUGAUGAUGGUCGAAGAACUGGUACCACUGGGAUCUAUGCUGGAUUACAUCAUUGCCAACAAGAGUACGAUCAAUUCAAAGAUCGAGCUCGUUAUCUGGGCGGCGCAGAUUGCCUGUGGAAUGCAAUACCUCCAACAGCAUCACUUUGUUCACCGUGAUUUAGCGGCGCGCAACAUUCUGCUUGCCUCACGCAACCAAGCCAAGAUAUCCGAUUUUGGACUAUCACGUGCUAUCGGUGCUGGGGAUGAUUAUUACCGUGCUAGCCAGGGCGGAAAGUGGCCCAUCAAAUGGUACGCACCGGAAAGCUUCAACUAUGGAACAUUUUCCCAUGCGAGCGAUGUGUGGUCCUUUGGCAUAACGAUAUGGGAAAUGUACUCGCUCGGUGCUCCCCCCUACCAUGACUUGAAGGGAGUGGACGUUAUCAAAUUGAUCGAAAAUGGCCAACGGCUCUCUCAGCCGGAUCAUUGUCCGGAGAAGGUGUUUGAUGUUAUGAAAAAUUGUUGGAACUACAACCCGAAAAGUAGACCGACGUUCAACUUUUUAACCCGUUUCUUCACUGACGACAUCAAGUACCAAAAUCUACAGGAGUUGGUUCAAAGUGGGAAGGAGAUCAACGCUAAUAAUUAGACCUAGUCGAAAUUCUGACAUUUUUAGGAAAGCCAGUUUUUAAGUAUUACUGAUACUGCAUGCAUAUGUUGAUAAACGUACUGAGGGUAGUGAAUGGCCUCGAACAUUUUAACCCUAACAAAGACAGAAACAUAAACUCCAAGUUUAUCAUUUGUUCAAACAUAUUUUUGAACAAAUUAUUUCGUUUAGCUCUUAUACUAUAUUUAUUUACAUUUGAAUACAACAAACAGGUAUCCGUUUGCUCAUCUAAUCAAUCCAAAUGCCUCUGUCAAAACUAACACCAUUCCUUUUUUGUACAACUACUGCUACAUAUGACUAUAGUCAAAAGCUCGAUCUACGUCAAGCAUUUUGUUUGUUGAUUUUUAAUCUAUCAUAUUUUCUAGUUUUAUGUGCCUUCUAUACAUUGAGUGUCAUGAAGUUGAAACCAAUACGAUUUUAACAUUUUGUAAAUGAGAUUUCUCUGAAUGUGCUAUAUAGAUUAUGUGUUAUGACUAGAAGGAAAUUCAUAAGGUGGCAAAAUCUAUUGUAACAAGGGAAGAGAAGCAAUGUAUUGUAAUUAUUCAUAUAACAAUAUCAGGAGAAAACAUUUAGCUAUAUAACACAAUACAUGGAGAAAGUUA